AUGACAUUAAUAACACUGUUCAAUGAUUUGCCUGAUCUGGCAUUAAUUGAAAUUUUUUCCUAUUUAUCGUCUCUUGAUAUUCUAUGGGCAUUUAGUUCCCUUAAUCAACGUAUAUCAUUAUUACUUGUUGAAAGAGGUUAUUUUCGUUGUAUUAAUUUAUCAAGCACUCGUCAUCGUCAAUUUCAUAUUCUUCUUGGUAUGCUUCCGUUAAAUGACAUCAAAACUCUCAUUAUUGAUAUGGAUUCAUCACCUCUUCAACUCUCUCAAUGGCCCUAUUUGCCUUGGUUGAAAACGUUCAUACUAAACGGUACACGGGAAUUCAAUGAUGUUUUGAUCUUUGUUCUACUACACGCAGCUACACUUACUCACCUGACGAUUCAAACAACUGAAGAGUUUGUUGCGACUGGUUUUACUCGAAAAUAUUUGUAUCCUUUGGGUCACAUCACUCCUCUCGUUCAAAAUAUUCUUUUACUUCAUUUAUCGGCUCUACGAUCGCUCGACUUGGGUACAAAUAAUUACAAUCGGAUGCUGUUUUGGCGCAUAACUUCCAUAUCAGUGCCACUUACUUAUAUUCGUAUUGUGUUAAAUACUGUAAAUGAUUUACUUCAUCUAAUGUCUACAUUUCCAUUAUCAAAAACAUUAUAG